AUGGUUCAACCCUACUUGUGGAUCUUCAUUCUUGGGAUUAUCACAAGCUUCCUUGUGGCCUAUGGUAAUGGUGCGAACGAUCUGUCCAACGCUUUCGGGACCAGCUAUGGCUCCCGCGUCCUCACACUUACGCAGAUUAUCAUUAUCGCAACGUUUUGUGAGUUCGGUGGUGCGGCCCUUCUCGGGAGCAAGGUCUCUGUGACCAUGUCCAGCGGUAUCGCAAGUGCCUCUUCUUUCGAGAAGGAUCCCUACGUUCUGAUGUAUGGCUUUCUCUGCACGCUUGGUGCCACGUUCCUCUGGCUUCUCAUUGCAACAUGGAAGGAGCUUUCGGUAUCGUCGCAUCAGAGUGUGGCGGGCGGCAUCCUCGGUUUCUCGUUGGUGUACGGUGGCUUCGGUGCUGUUCACUGGGCAGAUCACUCGAAUUCAUUCCCCUACGUCACUGGUGUAGUGCCGAUCAUAAUAUCCUGGAUUGCAUCACCGAUUUUCGCUGGAGUGGUCUCCAUACUCAUCUACUAUGUCGUGCGCUACCUUAUCCUGCAACGUAAAAAUUGUUCUCGUGUGGCUCCUUAUACAUUGCCUGCAGUUGUAUUCAUAACCUGCCUCAUGGAGUUUUUCUUCAUAUUUUUGAUUGCGGCGGGGAGCAAGUUAGGCUGGUCCGCCGGUCGUGCGUUGUGGGUUUCGGUGGUGAUCAGCGCCGGCUUAGCUCUUUUGUCGGUCCCGUGCAUCGCCCUGCUGAGGAGACGUAUUCGGGGCAUGGAAAAAGAGGCCAACAUGGUGGCGGCUGAGAAAGGGAUCCCUGUGAUCGAGGCCAUGCGCUCAAUCCUGAUUGUUGGGCGGCCGCUACCCCCUGAUACGCUUCCCGAAGUAUCCGUGAUUGCCAAACCGUCCAAUAUCAACCCUGAGGCCCGGGAAGUGGACUCCAGAGAAAUGCGAGACAUGAACGGGGAGACCUUUGGCGGGGCGGCAGUGCGGUGCGAUAAGAAAGACAACGUCGCGAAGAGCCUGGAUGAGCCGGUCGAAACCACCGGCGCCGUCGUUUUCAACAAUGAUGACGAGAACGACGACACGAAUGAGGACCACCACGACACCUCCGAGAACAGCAACGACGAGGAUGUGGAGGAGCGAAGGGAGGCCGGCAACGCGAUGUCAGAGCCGGUGGUGCCUGAGAUCGAUGGGGAUUACCCUUUUGUCUGCUACGACAAGCAGGGCACCCCCCACUUUGAUCCCCGCGCGGAGUACAUGUUCCGCUACCUUCAAGUCUUCACCGCGGCCUGCACCUCGCUCGCGCACGGCGCCAACGAUGUAAGUAACGCCAUCGGCCCCCUCGCCGCGAUUUGGGGUAUCUACUCCUCGCACAGCGUAUCCAGUGAGGCAGAGGUGAAGUUGUGGAUGCUGUGCUUGGGCGGCGUCGGCAUCGUGGUCGGGUUGGCGACCUUCGGUAUGAACAUCAUGCGUUUGCUGGGUGAUAAAAUUGCUGUCAUCACACCUUUUCGUGGCUUCGCGGCGGAGUUGGCGACAGCGAUGGUGGUUUCCUUCGCGACACUAUAUGGAAUCCCAAUUUCCUCAACACAUUGUAUCACGGGUGCGGUGGUAGCUAUCAGUAUAGCGGAUGUUGGAAUUCGGAAUGUCCGAUGGAAUGUGGUGCUACGCAUGUACUGUGGGUGGGUGAUGACACUGUUCUUCACCGCACUGAUCUCGGCUGCCUUUUUUUCGCAAGGUAUCCAUAGUCCCAGUAAAAGUGUAUCAAGUAGCAAAUAG